AUGCUAGACACAAAUGUGUUACAGGUGCGAGAUGUGGUCGGAGAGAUCCAGAAGCUCCAAGAAAAACAAGCAAAGGAUAUGAUGAGAAAUCAAGACGAAUUGUCUGAUGAAGAUAUGGACGAUGACGACACAAGUGUCCGAGCGGAAUCACGAAACAGCGCCGACUGGAGCAGCCUACGGGCAGCACUUGAGACCGCAUUUGGAUCUCGCUGGGAGACAGCGGCAGAGCAAACCGCAACAGAAUUCCUACGAAGGUUCCGAAGGAAAUAUGGACCGUUAGGAUACGGUGAUAGGACAUUAUUAGAAAUUCUGGAAGACGACCACUUGGGCGAAAAGGCCAAAAAUGUAUUCUUGGCAAUCCCACAAGAGAAGUUAGAGGAAGGGUUCGAAGCGGUAGUAAGAGAAUUGGAAAGGCUUCUUUCGAGCGACUCUCGUGCGGUAGCAUAUAAAAGCCAAAGGGAUAGUGAGCGGUUGAGAUCAAACCCGGAAGAGCGCCAUUUAGUUCACGAGGACGGACAGAAACAAGACGUCGAGACUCGGAAGUGUUUCAUCUGUUUGAAAGUAGGUCAUAUUGCCCGAAACUGUCCGCUGGGAAGAGCCACAGUCAAUAGUAUCCGAGAGAAGCGAACAAAAACAAAGGAAAAUAUGGAAGAAACACGAGUAUCCGAUCUGGUGCGACAAGCCCGAUCGAUGGGAAUGGUAGUAGAAAAGUGUUCUGCUACAAGUAACCUAGUCGGACGGAAGUUGACAGCAUGGGUAAGUGCGCUGAAUGAAAGAGUUCCUGCGCUGAUCGACACAGGAUCGAUGGUGAGCAUCGUGUCAAUAGGACUCUUGGCUAAAGCGCAGGAUAAUGGAUUUGACGUUGAUUCGCUAAGGGUAAUUGAUCGGGAAGCGCUCAAUCCCGUUUUCGAUGCCUCCGGCAGCCGAAUGCAAUUCUUAGGUGGAGUUGUCAUAGUGGUAAAAAUUGACGGAGGGACAGAAUCUGAAAUUGCCUUCUACAUUUCGAAAGAGAAAGGACAGAAAAUACUACUUGGAACGAAUGCACUGCAAAAAUUAGGGGUUCAGAUCAAGUUGCCAAUACCAGUCCCGGUUGCCACACGAAGGACAAGUGACACUGGCAGAGUUACCAUAGCAAGGCGGAAGUACGUAGCGCCGCUCACCUCGUCCCUACUACAAACACGGUGUGAAGGGGAAGAGGACUCUGUAGAGCGUGGUAGAUGA